AUGUCAAGGGAACUGUCAAUCUGGGGAUCUUUUACUCCUAAAGGAUCCAACAGAAAUCUUGCUGGAUAUUGUGACGCCGAUUGGGCAGGAUGUGCAGAUGAUCGGAAAAGUACAAGUGGAGGUUGUUUCUUCCUUGGGAACAAUCUUAUUGCUUGGCUUAGCAAGAAGCAGAAUUCUGUGUCACUAUCUACUGCAGAGGCUGAGUACAUUGCAUUGGGAAGCUGCUGCACACAGCUUAUAUGGAUGAGACAGAUGUCAGCCGAUUAUGGGAUGGAGUCUGGACCCUUCUUGGUCUACUGUGACAACAAAAGCGCCAUCGACAUAUCAAAGAAUCCGGUGCAGCACUCAAGGACUAAGCACAUUGACAUAAGACACCACUUUGUUCGUGAAUUGGUGGAAGAAAAACAGGGGCUGAUACAGGCACUGGCUCGGGGUGUAUAA